CCCACCUUCGGCGACCGAACCCAAGCCCCGCCCCGCCCCUCCCCACCUCUGGCGCCUCCCCUCUCCAACCGCAUCCUCGAAACCGAGUCUGUCGUCUCGCGAUGGAGAAGGCGACGGGCAGAGAUGGGACGCCUCCAACAUUCUUCCUCCGCCGGCGACCGGAGCAGGGGCCUACCGAGUGCAUCGCCUCCAAUUCCCUCUCCUCUCCCGGAUUUCCCCUCUCCGGUGGCGGUUGUCCGAAGAUCUGCUCCGCCCAGAUCCCUGUCCCUCCGGCGACAAGGACGGCGACGGAUCCUGGAGUACACGAAGUCUUGGAGGAGAUGAACAACUCUUGGGCAAUUUGCUCUCUUACACUUCCCUACUGUAUUGGUUUCUUUGAUACGAAAUCUUGCAUCUGUUGUUCGGCUAGUGAGUAGAGAAGCAACAUUCUGAUUGGUAGCUUUAACGACUGUUACGAUUUUAAUGCUUGAUUUUUGGGCCAUCAACGGACGGAAUCGUGGAUGAUAUAUGCGAAAUAGCAGCGGCAAGGCUGAGAUCAUCAGGCCAAUGCAUUGUUUUCUAGGGUACUCAAGUUUAAUUGAUGGAUUUGAUUCUAUCUGGUUUGGUGAAAUUUAGAUAAACACCGGGUUCAUAACUUCAUGUACUGGAGUAGUAAUUUGGUUAAUGGUUAGUCUUACGUGAGCUUAAUUAAAUCCCUGCCAUGGAAAAACAUAAGGUGUGUCGUGUAUUGUUCCUCCUCUUCAGCUAGUUGUCUACUUAGUUCUAUCUUCUUAUCUAGUACACACAAGGGUACCAUGGUUUCUGCUCUAACAGAUGGCUCUUUUAGGUACCUCAGCAAGGAGGAGAUCGAGCGAGGGUCGCCAUCGAGGCAGGACGACAUGGGCGUCGGCAAGGAGGCCCAGCUCCAGGCCACCUACUGCUCCUUCAUCCGCGACGUCGGCCUCCGGGUCCGGCUCACUAAAAAAGAAGGCAGUGCAGCUUUUGAAAGCAAAACUUCAUCAAAUAACCUUCGAAGAAGAAAAAAAAACUGUCCUUUUUGCUGUAAUAGGAGGAUGGGCGGAGGGUGCGCGCUCGAGGAAAAGCGUCCAUGUCGUCGGCCAUGGCGGGCAUGCUCCCCACGGAUGAGGUGUGUUGGAUGUGGUCACGGAAAAGGGUGGGAGAAAGCGGAGGAAGAGAGUGUGAGCUCACUGUGGUCGAUCGGCAAGCUUGGAAGAGAGCGUGAGCUUCGGUGCUCUGGUGGCGUUGUCGAUGAGGAAGAGACUUGGUGGGCAAGCUCCCGCGAGGGACGAAACGGGAGCGUGGCGACAAGGUCGAAGCAGGAACGGAAGCGGCACAACCUUGCUUCCCUGCUCAGGUACUAG